CGCGUCCCCUCGGAGGCGGCGAGCGGAGCCCGGCGGCAGGUGGCGGCGGCGGCUCGGCCCCUUUAAGGCUACGGCUGCCGUAACGCGAUCCCCGCCGGAGCAUCCUGCACCCAGGAAGGGCUGUCCCGUCCCCUACACCGCGGGGAAGGCAUGGAGGAGGAGGAGGCGGCGCCGCAGCCCCCGUAGCCCCGCUCCCAGGCUGAAGAACAAUGGCUUACUUCAGCAACUUGACUAUUGGCAUUGCUGUGGCCAGUUUUACUGUAUUUCAGCUCCUGUUCCAUGUUUUAAGUUCUUGGGUGUCAACACGAAUAACACCUGGUUUUAACAAUCUCAGCCAAAAAAGGAAGAUCGAAUGGAAUUCAAGGACAGUGUCCACAUUCCACGCCUUGGUGGUUGGAGGGUUUUGCCUAUAUAUUUUAUUGUACGAUGAUGCUGUUAAUGCUGACCGUAUCUGGGGUGACCCUUCAAUUGUGAAGCUGAAUAUUGCUAUUACCACAGGCUACCUCAUUUCUGAUCUGUUGCUUAUUAUUUACUACUGGAAAGCAAUUGGUGACAAAUUUUUUGUAAUACAUCACUUGGCAGCUCUGUAUGCUUACUAUUUUGUACUGAGCAAAGGUCUCCUGGCUUACUUUGGAAACUUCCGUCUGCUUGCAGAGUUCUCCACUCCUUUUGUCAAUCAGCGGUGGUUUUUUGAAGUACUGGGAUAUCCCAGAUCUUCAAAGGCCAACAUCAUCAAUGGUGUGCUGAUGACAGUUGUGUUCUUCGUGGUGAGGAUUGCCGUCAUGCCUGUAUAUUACAGCCAUGUAAUUUCUUCAUUUGGAACAGAAGGUUUCCAGAGAUUAGGAUUUGCAGCCCAGAGCGCCUGGAUUAUCUCAAGUGUUGUCUUGGAUAUUAUGAAUGUGAUGUGGAUGGUCAAAAUUGCAAAAGGAUGCUACAAGGUCAUUUGUCUUAUUGGACAGGACGAAGCGAAAACUCAUAGAAAUGGAAAAUCUGCCUAGAAAUCAUACAUAAAAUGAAAUUUCUGCUAUGAAAAUAUUUUGGGUUCACUGAAACAGUGCACAUUUCUGCCAUGGAAUGCUCCUAUUAUGGAAACAAGGUAUUACCUCUGUACUGAUCUUACUCUUUCCCUAGCCACACUGCCUGCACACCCAGGGCCACGCUUUGCGGAUCCUGUCCAGUGAGGAAUAAAAGCAAAAGCUCACACAGAUGAGUUCCACAUGCCUGAUCUAAGCAGUUGCAAGCAUCAGAAAUUAGAAAGGAGGAGACUGAUUACUUGCUUAUUGUCCACCAGUGUGUUCAAAGUGUUUUUCUCAGGUUUCUCUGAUUAAAAUGUUUUAUAAAUCCAGUGAAUACUGACAUAUCUGUUUUUUUAGAAAAUGAAAAAUUCCCCAAACUCCUGAUUAUGGUGCAAUUUUCCAGGCACAUUUCUAUGGUUUCUUCUAGGAAUAACAAUCAAGAUUUCAUUCUUGACAACUUUUUAAUUUUUGCAAGAAAAGCUAAAAAUUUGGCUUUGAUUCUGUGAAGUCUUUUACUGCUUUUUUUUCUGCCUUAUAUGAAUGCAAACCAUUUUGGGAAAUUUAUGAAAUAAUUUUAUCUAAAAUGCUGUAUUAUAAGACCAUAUGAUUUCUUAAAAGUUGUUAGAUUUCCCAUUUUGAUGGGAAGGAUUACCAUUUGCUGUGCUAGGUUACAUGCAAUAGUACAUCUAAAUUCCCCAUGGAACUUUUUUUGUAAGUUAAUAUGGUAAAUGAUGCGUGGAAAUGGCAUAAUUCUUACUGAAGCGCUUUUUCCUUUGCUGCUACUACCUUUGAGAAGGGCUGCAAUUCUUCUCAGAGUAUUUUUAACCAUUGGCUAUUUGGAUUCAAAGUUUAAUAGCAAAGAAAUAAAAAUCUUCUGUAUAUGUGAUGUGUAACUUUCAGUAAUACCUUUUUAUCACAGAAAUGACCUAUUUGAUACGAAGUGUUCAGAAUUUUGGUCACAUUUUCCUUGUUAAUCAAGUCAGAAAUCUGAGGUGUUGACUAAAAACGCUCUUGUAUCAACUGUGCCAAACUCCUCUAAAGCUGUAUGGUAAUUCUGCAGAAGGAACAGUUGACCUCUGUAGACACAUAUUUUUUUUUAUACCACACAUUUGUCAAUAGGUACUCAGUUCUUCCUUCUGUGAACUUGAAGGCUUGGAUGUCAUCAGAGAGGAAUCCUGCCAUCUAGGAAUAGUCUUAAAUCUCAAUUAUAAUACAAUUCGAGGAAAUUCUGAGUUCUGUUUUAUUCAAAAUAAUUUUGAGAGCUAUAUUUAAGUGUAAAUUUGUUUUGUUUCACUUCUUUUAACUGGAAUUGGGACUGAUUAACUUCUGGUUUUUUUCCUUGGUGUAGGUUUGCUAAAAGUGUCUGUUUUCACUGAGACUUUAGCGCACAUCCCAAUUAUUGUAGCAAUCUGUUAAAGCAAUUUCUUUUCAAAGAGAAAGAUAGCAUAUUUGCCCUGUGUUGGGUGACUAGUCCUGCUCCAGCUGACAAAGCUGGGUGAUGUGAGCUCUCCCCUCCCUAGUCAGAGGUGUGACUGCCCCGUGCUGUCCUCCCUGGUGAGGGACUCAGUGUUCCCCGCCUACAGAAGCUGGAUGUAAGACCCAAGAGGAAUGCAUAGGCUGAAAUGCCUUUUUACCAAGGCAGCUGCAAUGAGUUUAGUUUCCCAGUUAAAAUGCUGUCAGGGAGUAUUGUUUGGACUUGUGUAAAAUGCACUUUUAACAGCCUAGCUCCAUUGCUCAGCUGGGCAGGCUUUUUUUCUAAAACAGUUUCCCAAUCCUGCCUUUUUAAGGGAGAUAGCAAGGAUUGUUAGUACUUGUGUUUUUUGGACCCUGUGAUUAUUAGUACUUCACAGGCCUACAGACAAAAAAAUCUAUUUAUGCCUUGGGAGAGUUAGCAAUUAAUCUGUUGAGCUGUAUGAUCUGAGUGAGCACAGUGCCUCGUUUGGGUACCAGUAAAUCCACAGUCUGUGAGAGUUGAUCCUGUGACUUGCUUUGCUCCAAGAAAUAGACUCUCUUUUAUGCUAAUUUGCAGAACCUGGUAUCUUUUAAAAUGUGAUUUCAGUGUACCUAAUGCAAAAUUGUGAAAAGGCUGUGUUUUUAUCAUCUUUAUGAUUUAAAGAUGGAUAUGAAAUACUCUUUUCUUUGCUUUUUAAAUCACUAGAUCCCUGUGAUUUAAUAAUUUUGUAAUAGCUUGUUCUUUUCUAAAAUAAAUUGAGUAAAUUCAAGCAUUUUGGAGAAUUAUGCUUGAAAGCAGAAGUCUGCUUUUCUUUUUAGGGAAGUAGGAUGAGAAAAUUGAGAAGAUGAUUUGGAGAAACUCUUGGGGUGAUAACUCAUGAAAAGUAUCUGAAAUUUAUAAUUUCUUAGCAUUGAUUUUAAUAUUUCAGUAUUUUAAACAUUUUGGUCUCAGUAGAGGCCAUUCAUUAAAAUGGUCUACUUCUUCCACUUCUAGAUAGACUUGUGUUUGGUAGGGGAAAAAAAAAAAAGUAAGUCAAGCUAUAAUAAAAUGUUAAAUUAAUGUUAAAACUAGAUUUAGAAACAAAAAACAAUCCAAAACUCUGCAUACUACACUUUGGCCAACAGUCCAGAAUUGAAGAGCAGUAGGACAAAUUCUUUCAGAACACCUAGUAUUUUGGAUUGCGGCACAAAAUUAGUGUAAUUAAAAUUUUAUUUUGCAAUGCAUUAGCUUCAAAUUUUAUCAUUUUUUAAAAAGUUAUUACAGUUAUGUCCUGAUGCAUCAGAAGAAAAUUUUCUUAUGAAAAAACUAUUAACAGUUGUGGUUUCAGCAAAGACUUUAGUAAACAGGCAGCAAAGUUGUGAUGUACUGAAUACAGUAGUAUAUAGGGCACUUUUUACCUGCCAUUAAAAGCUUAUAAUACAGCAAAUUAGAUAGCUGAGGAACCCAUUUUUAAUUGCACUUUAUUAAUUUUAAAAAUGUGGUGAAAUAAUGAAAUUUAAUGUUGUAAGCUUGUGUCUUUGCUUUUUUAUGCAAAAAAGUAAAUGCAUGAUAAUUAGCAUUGUAACAAAUGCUUUUGAAUGUAAUAUCUUAUUAGUGGCUUAAAACUUCUAUUUUUAACAGAUGCAUUCUAAAAGCAGACUCUUGGCAUGUCACCAAAAAGGUGUCUUUUCUGUGGGCAUAUCAAAUGGAAGGAGUGACUUGUAAAAACUGCUGUUUAUCUUUUCUUUUCCAUUCUUCAAUACCAGGUGACAUAAAAUUAGCUCGCUGAUCACGGGAGAGACUAUUUGUACCGGUUAGGCUGUAUGUAGAAAUGCAAGUUAACCCUUUUUUAUGGCUUUAAUUUUUCAUCAAAAGAUGAGUAAAUACCACAUUCAGAACUCUACAGGAGAAGGGUAGGUCAGGCUUUCUGUAACUGAUUUGUGGAAUCAGUACUUGCAGAGAGGAAUUAUACUUCAAAUACUCAUUUUCUCAGUGAGUGUUUCAGUGGAUUUCAGUGGAAAGUCUCACAAAACGAGAUGCUGUAUGGGUUAUUUGUGUGAAUUCUUCAGUGGUAAGAAUUACAUCUCUGAAGCCUACUCUACCUCUGUAAGUACUUGCUAUCUUGACUGAGCUCAGUAAUUUAAUAACUUAAUUGCAUAAAAAAUAAUCAAUUUAAUAAUGAAAUAUAUGCACAGGAAAAUGAGAAGAGCUGACUUAAUAUAUAAAUUCUUAACAAUUCCAAAUUUUGUACUAAAGUUUUUUAAAAGGUAAAUUAGUUACGGUGUUUGGAAGAGAAUUACUUCCAUCUUUACUUAAAAUAUUGUGGGAGAAGAUUACUUAUAUUGCAGAACUAACAUUACCCUAAGGAUAAAAGCUUACAUGAGUGAGCAAAUGCAUCAGUUUAGAGGCAUAGAAAGGCACAAAGUUAAUUCCUGGGCAUAGGCCAGCGACAUGGGAUACACAUCAUAAAGUCACCCCAAGACAUGCAUUCAGGCAGGCUUAAAGAGGAGAGGAGGAGGAGGUUUUGAGUACACUCACAGAGAUCCAGAUGUCUUCCUACUGCUGUAGCUGGGACAACAGCAGACUGAUACGUAGCAGAAAGGUUUAGGUGUUUCUGUGUCUCUGUUGGCAAUGGAAAAUGAAACUUUAUUCUUUAAAAUUUUCAAGCUGUAUAAAAUGGAAUACCAAUUGUUGAUUACUGUAUGAAGAGGACUUUUUCUCAUGGCCUUGUGUGUGUUUAAGCAUAUGUACGUACAAGCUUUCUGUAAAAGACCAUUUAAUAGAGAAGUUUGAAAAAUUUUGUGAUGCUUCUGCUGAGCCAUUCAGAGGAAAAUAAAGGGCUGCUUGACAAUUACUCCAGUUUAGGGUCUGGUGUGGUGUUGGCUGCUGCUGAAAACCAUCGGUAAAGCAAACAGAAAGGGACUAGAAUUUUCAGAUGAAAAAGUGCAAGUGUAGAACACUUUGAAAAGUAUCACAAGCCCCUUUGAUAUUUUUAAUAGCCUACUGUACAACAGCAUUAUCUAGCUACAAGGAACUUCAUGAGGGGAAGUUUGCUCCUGGUCAAAUUUCUCUGUCUGUGGAAUACAGCCAGAAAAAGAACAGUACUAUCAGCAAGCAUUGCUGAUAUUCUGAUUGAUAGCAGUCAAAUGGAAAUAGUGAUAAUAUUUAUGAACUUUUAACAUUAAUCCAAACCUGGAUAAAAUCUCUGUUAGACAGGUGAAGGUCUUAGGAUUUUCUGAAAGCAACCUGAAAGUUGUUUUUAUGGCAGAGAAGAUGAAAUAUGUGCUGCCUGGGUUGUUUAGGGAUCUGGGAUUAAGCAUCAAGUCAUACUUUUAGAUGGUAACACUUGGUAAGGUUUCUUAUCCAUUAAAAAUUUCUACUAGCUACCUCCUUUGACAUUCUUGUUCUUUUUCAUUCUCAUUCAAAGCACUUUAUAGCUCAGUGAAGAAUGGAAGGUAGCUAUGGAGAAUAAAUUUUAUUGUUUAGUAUAAGAAAUAUUUUGGCAAAAUUUCUUCUGAGAACAGUUUCAUUGUGUGAUGUCCUGCACUGAGAGGGCAUCUGUUUAUUAUGAAGUAUAUACAUUUUUAACCUUCUUGUAAGUAAAAGAAAUGUCUUUAAGAGAGUAAAGUAUGAAGAGUUCAGCAUGGCUUGGUAUCAACCAUAUAAUGAUUCAGUGUGCUAUUUAUAACUUCCUACUUACUGAAAUUGAAAAUAUAAGAGCAAAUAAAAUAUUCUGUAUUGUAUCUUUAUUUUUAAUCUAUGUGUGGGAUGUCAAACAUUGUACUUGUCUUGUGGACAGGACAUGCUUUUACGAGCCUAGAAGUAUUUAAGUAUAUGAGAAUCUGCACCCAAAUGGAACACGUUGCAUGUAAAUUGUCUUCUAAGUUUUAAAAUUUUGGUAUUUUUAAAAAUUUGCUAAGUUUGAAAGCAACAUUUAAAUAUUUAUACUAAGCUGUAAUACCGAAUACAAAAUUUUAAAUGCAAUGUGGUUUUGUUUAUAGUAAUCCUAUUCCAGUUUCACAAGAAAAAUCCAUCAAAUCAUAGGGGGAAGGGAGGAAAAGGGCUAAUCAUGAGCUCGGCUAUAUAAUUUGCACACUUAAUAUGCACACAUCCAAGUAUCCUGGAUUUGCUUCUAGCAUGCAUUUACCAGUGUUUUCUUCAAUAUUGGCAGACACCUAUAUAUGUAGAAUAAGCACAGCUAACCUGUUAUAAAAUCAAAUUACAAAACCUGUUUGGAACAAAUGAGUUACAAGUUAGGCAUAAGUAAUGGAGCCUGUAAUUCAAAAACGUUUAUAUAAUCUUCUGUCUAAGAAGAAACUUGAUGAGUUUAUCUAACUGAUGUGCAGAGCAAGGAUGAAAACUGUAGAUCCUGCUAGACUGAUUUCUGGUAAAUCUUGACAAUCUGGUUUGCAGUAAAUUCUAAUACUGUCACAAAAUGUCAGGAUCACAUUAUUAAAUUCAACUAGUAACGUGACCUGAUUGUAGUAGCAAUCCUUAUCAUGGCACAAGAACUUAAAAAUGCAAUAUAACGAUUCUGAAGAUUGGUGAUAAAAGUAAUCUGUCAUAGUAAGGUGAAUGAUUAAGUAUUAUAGGUUUAAAUAUACUUUUUAUUAUAAGAAAAAAAUCUGAAUUAUUUGUUAGCAUUUCAGUGAUAUUGUAAAGCAUUUCUGUAUUUUGUUUGAACAGUUUAGGAGCUUGCAUAAAAUGAUAUUGGCUGAUUUUUUUCCCUUUGAUAUAUGCAAUAAUGUCAAUAAGCAAUAAAUUGCAUGUUGUAUGCAAGGUAUUGGUACUUCAUAAUAAAGAAAAGGAACACA